AUGGAUUAUUCAUAUCUCAACCAAGCUGCUGCUUCAUUUGACUCAUCUUGUCUUCAAACAAUGGACCCAAGCGGACUAAACAUGCCUUGUUCAUAUGGCGAUAUAACUUCUUGUAAUCAAAUCUCUCAAGCUGCAUAUCGUUAUACAGCAGCAGCUGCAACAAUGGCAAGAUCUUAUAAUCCUGUUGGUGCUUCUGUUGGACCUGGUAAUGGCAUGUCGGCGUUACAUCAUUCUGGAACGCCAGUUUCUCAAUGUUCAGUUAUGGGGGCAAGGCAGGAUGUGCACAGAACUUCAAUGUUUCCUUCAUCGAUGAAUUUACAAUCUGGCCUUCCUUAUAAAGUUUACAGUGGACAUGACUCAGUGUUAAGUGAAAAGCGAAAGCAGCGUCGAAUACGAACCACUUUCACAUCAGCACAACUGAAAGAGCUUGAGCGAGCAUUUCAGGAAACACAUUAUCCUGAUAUUUAUACACGAGAGGAAAUUGCCAUGAAAAUCGAUUUAACAGAAGCGAGAGUUCAGGUAUGGUUUCAGAACCGUCGUGCCAAAUUUCGAAAACAGGAAAGACUCGCUCAGCAAAAGGUCAGCAAUUCCAACACUUCGAAUGAGACAAUUACACAUGUUAAAAGCGAGAGUAAGUCUACAACUCCAAAGGAAAGUAAACCUCCAGGUUCGCCUCUGUCUAACAUCUCUACAACACCCAAUUCGAGUGCAUCAUCUCACCAGUCGAACAGUGAUAUAAAGCCAAUCAAUGGAAAACUUUCUGUAGAUGCCGAUGUCUUAAAUCCUUCGAGCAACAAUAAUAACCACAAAUGGCCAACAUCU